CAAAAUUGAACCAUUCUUGCCGUUUUAAAAACCAUACAUUAAUACCACAUAAAUCGGAAUUUUAUGUAUUUGACAAUCAGCUGUUUUUGACAUGCGAGAUGUAUAGAAAGUGAAGUGACAGGAAGAGCAGUGAACUUAACCUAAAAUAUUUCAAAAUUUCGUAACAUAAAAUUCAGUGAAUCGUUGUUUAAUUUUUGAAGCGGACAAAUUAACUUAUAAAAAAAAUUUUCAAUCAAUUCACGACAAGAAACGCCAAUGUUCCGCAAAAAACUUUUUCAAAUCGCUCAGUUAAGUUCGGUCGGAUUAGCCGGGUACUAUGCGGGGCAAUUUAGAGCUAAAAGUGAGGAGAACGACACAAUACUUAUCGAUGGUAAGGCAGUCAGGAACAUGCCAGGGCUGCCCAUUUUCGGGACGGUCUCGGCAGCCACUCCGUACACUGAUAGCGGGUCUACUAAAGAUCGGGUAUCACAAAUAAUGAAAUAUGGUUUUCCAAGCUUGGACAAUGUGCGGUCCUAUGACGACUUUGUAUUGUCUUAUGACAGACGGAACAGAGUGCCUAAUUGGGUUUUUGAGCAUCUAACGAAGGCUCAUGUUGCUAGAAACGACCAAGUGGACAGAAGUAAAUGCGAUUUCACUCCUGAUGAAAGUAUACAUCCAUUCUUCAGAUCACAGAACAGCGAUUACAAGGGCUCCGGUUUCGAUAGAGGCCACAUGGCCGCUGCGGGUAACCACCGCAUCGCACAGAGACAUGUCGAACAAACUUUCUACCUCACCAAUAUGGCGCCACAGGUAGGAGAAGGUUUCAACAGACACGCGUGGAAUAAGCUGGAGAAACAUGUUCGGAAGCUGACGAAGGUGUACGAUAAUGUGUACUGCUGCACAGGUCCGUUGUAUCUUCCAAGACGCGAAGCCGACGGCAAAUCGUACGUCAGAUACCAAGUAAUUGGCGCCAACACGGUAGCUGUGCCGACGCACUUCUACAAGGUGGUGGUGUGCGAGGCGCCCAGCGGAGCCCUAGACAUGGAGGCCUACGUCAUGCCCAACCAGCGGAUACCGGACGAGACGCCCGUGUCUGCGUUUAUGGUACCUCCUGAAACGAUAGAGCGGGCAGCAGGUCUGCUCUUCUUUGACAAAAUACAUAGAAGUAAACUACAUACCAUCAACGGUAAAAAAGUUUAAAGUACAUAAUUAUAGCUAAUACUUAGGAUGUUUUUGAAAUUUUGUCGGAAUUGACAAAGAAUCGGAUUUUGGACCUGUGAAGUUCAAGUAUUUUUUUUCACAAAACUGAUUUUUAUUUCAAUUAUUUAUCAAUGUCCUCUGUUAGAAGUACCAUACUAAUCAGAGGUUUUGUUUGACUAGAGAACGAUUUAAAUACGGGUAGUUGAAUAAAAUUGCGAAUCUUUUACACCUUAUUUUGAUGGUGAACUAAAUAGUUUAGAUUUUAAUUUAGUGCAAUAUUAAAGGGCGACUUGCUGUGUGCUGUGAAUUGUUAUAGAAAAUGUGUUGUAAAUAAA